AUGUUCGGGAAUGCAAAAGACGACGAAGGUGCCGCCAUCGAUGCCCCUGCAAACAACGACGCGCCUAGGCCCGCGGCUGCCUCGACGGCCGACAACGCCGCCUCUGGCACACACGGCGCAAGCAAUGGUGCCACUGCUGAUCGCAAGGGCAGCGACUCUGCUGCUCCACCAGAGCGGAAACGACGGAGCAGUGGCGUGUCGCGUGCCCGCGAUAUGUUCUCGAGCGCGAAGCAGUCAUUGCACAUUGGCGGCUCCUCCCCCACCUCGACCUCGUCUGCCAACACCGCCCACAUGUCGGAGAAGCCGGCUGCCCAAACUCCAAUGCAGAAGCUGGGCAAGUCGGACGCUGCUCUCAGCGUGCCCCAGGGCUCGCUCAACAACUCUGCCGGCGAGUCCGCACCAGGCCCCCGUUCCACGUUCCGCGUCGGUGUCACCGAGGACAAGAACAAGAAGUGCAGACGGACUAUGGAGGAUACACACGCAUACCUAUACAACUUCCUCAGCACUCCGGCCCCCUCGUAUGGCCUGGACAAGCCCCGCGCUGUCUCGGAUGCGAGCUCGGUCCAGUCUGAUCUAUCGCAGGCCGUGGUUGAGAGCGAUAAUGGCUACUUUGCCAUCUUUGAUGGCCACGCCGGUACUUUUGCUGCCGACUGGUGUGGGAAGAAGCUUCACCUGAUCCUGGAAGAGACGAUUCGAAAGAAUCCCAACACGCCGAUACCCGAACUUCUUGACCAGACCUUUACCGUAGUCGACCAGCAGCUUGAGAAGCUUCCUUUGAAGAACAGUGGUUGCACUGCUGUGAUUGCAGUUUUGCGAUGGGAGGAUCGAGUGCCCAACGCACAAUCGUCCACCGGUUCUGUCCUCUUUGCACCCGCGGCAGUGUCAGCUGUCAAGCAAGCUGGUGAGGGCGGCGAGGCCAAAGACGGUGCCGACGCCGUUACCUCUGAGCCUGCAGCCGAACAGGUAGAAGCAAAACUACGAAGUGAGGCUACUCGGCAGCGCGUAUUGUAUACGGCGAACGUGGGCGACGCGCGCAUUGUUCUUUGCAGGAAUGGCCGAGCCCUUCGCCUUUCAUAUGACCACAAGGGUAGUGACGAGAACGAAGGACGUCGCGUUGCUAGCGCUGGUGGUUUGAUCCUCAACAACCGCGUCAACGGCGUCCUCGCUGUCACGCGUGCACUGGGCGAUGCAUACAUGAAGGACCUAGUCACUGGACAUCCCUACACCACGGAGACAGUUAUCCAGGCCGACCAAGAUGAAUUCCUUAUCCUCGCCUGCGACGGUCUCUGGGACGUCUGUUCCGACCAAGAAGCCGUCGAUCUUAUACGUCAAAUCCAUGACCCUCAAGAAGCCUCAAAGAAGCUCGUCGAUUACGCUCUUGCCCGCUUCUCCACCGACAACCUGUCGUGUAUGGUUGUGCGGUUCGACAACAAAGCCCUCCGCCAGCGCAAGAACGAGGCCACGACAAGUUUAGACCAGGAGCAGGCAGCUAUGAAGGGCGGCAUCACUGAAGCAGACUCAAUUGUAGCGCAGGCAAGGAAGUCGAUUGGCGAGCCAGAGACAUCGGUCGAGCAUGCGGCAAAAGAGAUUAUCAUGGAGGAAACCGAGGCUGAGCCUGGUCCUGAGCUGAGUCUCGAAGCCGCCAAAGCCGCGAGGAAAAACGACGUAUAG